CAAUGCCAAAAACCAUCAACUUCACCUACAAUCUUCUUAGUAGAGUCGUAUACUAAGUCUACAAAAUUUGACUGUGAAAAUGGGUUUCACAUUUGCAUAUCGACUCAUGCUACUUGUGGCAGCUGCUUACAUGUUGGGAGUGAGCCAAGCCAAUAAGGACUGGGGCUCCCCUAAAUCAAACUACACCGGCUGGGGCUGGGGUUGGGGCUGGAACUCCACCAACAAGCAUCCCUUGAAUGAAACUCAAGGUCCCCAAAAUAUCACUGUUGGUGGACAACAGAACUGGCACUUCGGCUUCAACUACUCCGACUGGGCAUUCCAAAAUGCACCCUUCUACUUCAAUGACACUCUAGUGUUCAAGUACGAUCCACCGAGCAACAACACGUUCCCUCACAGCGUUUACUUAUUCCCCGACCGAUGGAGCUACUUGAAUUGCAACUUGAAGAGAGCAAAGAUGAUCGCAAAUGCAACUCAAGGAGGCGGCGACGGAUUCGAGUUUGUUCUCGACAAGUGGAGCCCCUAUUACUUUGCUUGCGGUGAACAUAACGGCAUCCAUUGUAAGGUCGGCGGCAUGAAGUUCAUGGUGGUGCCACUCUUUCGUUGGCAUUACUAAACUCUUGGAGAUUAUCACACAAGAAGAUCCACAUCCGAUAUAAUAUAUACUAGUGUUUUAUUUCACUAUUGUUGACGACAUUACUGUGUA